GUGGGCUCAGGCGGGCGUUGUAGUCAAGAGUGAAUGUGAACGGCCGACCGGAGUGGGUACAGUCUGUGAGCGCGCUGAACCCGGCCCGGGAUUCACCGACACACGGUUUGUACUAAAGCAGAGAAGACUUGACGGUGGCAGGGCCACAUUUGGAGCUGCCAUGGAACAGGCUGCAGCUGAGCCCAGGAGGAAGCAGGCCACACACACACCUUGGCCAGAGGACACUCCAAAGGAUAAAGCAUGCACCGUGAUUGGGGGCUCGGGCUUCCUGGGCCAGCACAUGGUAGAGCAGCUGCUUGCACGGGGCUACUCCGUGAAUGUGUUUGACGUGCGGCAGAGCUUCGACAAUGCACAGGUGAAGUUCUUCCUGGGGGACCUCUGCAACCGCCAGGAUUUGUACCCAGCUCUGCAGGGGGUCAGCACAGUCUUCCACUGCGCAUCCCCACCACCUUCCAGCAACAACAAGGAGCUGUUCUACCGGGUGAACUACUUGGGCACCAAGAACAUCAUUGACACUUGCCGGGAAGCUGGGGUGCAGAAACUCAUCCUCACCAGCAGUGCCAGCGUCAUCUUUGAGGGCGUUGACAUCAAGAAUGGCACCGAGGACCUUCCUUACGCCACAAAGCCCAUCGACUACUACACGGAGACCAAGAUACUCCAGGAGCAAGUUGUCCUGGGUGCCAACGAUCCCAAGAGGAACUUCCUGACUGUGGCCAUCCGCCCACAUGGCAUUUUUGGCCCCAGGGAUCCACAGCUGGUGCCCAUCCUGAUCGAGGCGGCCAGGAAGGGCAAGAUGAAGUUUAUCAUCGGAAAUGGUCAAAACUUGGUAGACUUCACCUUCGUGGAGAACGUGGUCCAUGGGCACAUCCUGGCUGCCGAGCGCCUUUCUCAGGACACUGCCCUGGGGGGCCAGGCAUUUCACAUCACCAAUGAUGAGCCCAUUCCCUUCUGGGCCUUCCUGUCCCGCAUCCUGACGGGCCUCCACUACGAAGCCCCAAAGUACAACAUCCCCUACUGGCUGGCCUACUUCCUGGCACUUCUGCUAUCCCUGCUGGUGGCCAUAAUCAGCCCAGUGGUGCAGUUGCAGCCUACAUUCACCCCCAUGCGAGUGGCAUUGGCUGGAACCUUCCACUACUAUAGCUGUGAGCGUGCCAAAAAGGCCAUAGGUUACCGGCCCCUGGUCACCCUGGAUGAUGCGGUGAAGAGGACUGUGCAGAGCUUCCGGCACCUGCAGAAGACGGGUUGAAGGCCCUAUGUGCACUCCGUGGCCAUUGCACUUUGUCCUGAACUCAGGGUGCUCCCCACCCCCUGGCCCUCAGGGCAUGCAGAGAGGCAAAGCAGCAGACUUCUGUUUGGACUCCAUAAAGCAGGUGGCUUCAUCUGCUGCAACUGGCCUCCUUGA